AUGAGUUUAAACCAAAGACAAUGGCUAGCGAGGGGAAAUAUCCCAUUGAUUGAUAGAUAUAGUGCGAUAGGAAAAAUUGUACGAAUUACUGCAUAUGUUUUUAAAGCGAUACCGAUAUUGUUUAAUGCCUUGAAGAAGGGCGCGAAAAAACUCGAAAUCAAAACGGGCGAAAUACUUGGAUCACUCACACCCAAGCUAUUAACUGAAGCGACGAACUAUUGGAUAAAGUACACACAACUCAAGUACUUUAGUCCAGAAUUGGAAGCCUUAAAGCGAAAAGAUGUUAUUAAAUCAUCAAGCAAUUUGUUGCGAAUAAAUCCAUUUCUAGAUGCGGAAGGGAUUAUGCGAGUGAAAGGGCGAUUAACGAACUUGAAUGUCACAUAUGAUGAAAGACAUCCAAUUAUUCUACGAGCGAAAUCAAGUUUCACAAAGCGAUUGUUAGAGGAAGCUCACAAAGAGAUGCUUCACGGUAACAUACAAUUAAUGUUACAUUAUGUUCGAACGAAAUAUUGGGUAAUUGGAGCGCGAAAAGCAGCAGCUAAUGUAGCCAAAAGCUGUGUAAAAUGUCGAAGAUAUGCGAAUGCAGAGCGAACUCAGUUGAUGAGUGAUUUACCUGAAGUGCGAUUGUCAAAUUCGAGACCAUUCGCCAACUGUGGGGUCGACUUCUUCGGGUCAAUUCAAGUAAAGCGAUAUGAAGGACGAUGCAAAUCGAUUGACACAGGCUAUGGAGCUGUGUUUGUGUGUUUAUCAACGAAAAUGGUUCAUAUUGAAUGUGUUUCAAAUCUUACAACUGAACGAUUCUUAUGGGCACUAGCGAGAUUAGCAUCGAUUUAUCAAAAGCCAAAGGAAAUGAGAAGCGAUAAUGGGAAAACAUUUAUCGGAGCAAAAAAUGAAUUGUGCGAUGUGUUGAAAACUUGGAAAUCAAACUUGUGCGAUCAAAUUCUCACUUUCGAGAGAUAUCAAACGUUGUUUGCCAAAAUCACAAAGGUCUUGAACAGCCGUCCACUUGUACCAUUGUCAGAUGAACCGAGCGAUCUGAAUUAUUUAACACCAGCUCACGCUGUGACUGGAGAAAGAACAGUUCAACCAUUAUCGAUGGACUUGAGCGAGAUUCCGAUGAAUCGUGUCAAACAACAAAGAAUUCUCGACAAAAUCCAACAAGAUUUUUGGAAUGUUUGGCGAAAAGAAUACGUCAGCACUUUGCAAACGCGAUAUAAAUGGAAUAAAGUCGAAUCAAAUCUCAAAGUGGGCGAUUUGGUAAUUCUCAAGGUCGACAAUUCACCACCUGGAGUGUGGCCACUAGCGCGAGUAAUUGAAACAUAUCCUGGAUCUGAUGAUUUAGUGCGAACAGUGAAGAUAAAAACCACAUCGAGCGAAUUGGUACGACCAAUCACCAAAUUGGUGCGAUUACAUCCAGAAGAAGCGAAUGAUGCGAACACAGUGAAUGAGGCGAAAAUACAGUCUACAACCGAAUGA